UGGAUGUAUUGAUGAUGAUGGAUGUAGUGAUGAUGAUGAUGGAUGUAUUGAUGAUGAUGAUGAUUUUAUUAUUGAUUGUACUGAUGAUGUCAGUGGGUGAUGUUCUGGUGGUCCGCUGACCUCUCUUGUCCCCCCAGGUCUGGAUGAUGAGUUCGGUUACAGUCGUGUCGGGCGAGCGCCAGGAGUUCUGCGCCUUCUUUGAUCAGAUUGUGCAGGACCUGACAGCGGAGGAUUGGGGUCACCCGGAGGUCGGCGAUGCCAUUUCACGUGUGAAGCAGGUGCUGGAGUAUAACGCCCCCGGAGGGAAGUGUAACCGCGGGAUGACUGUUUUGGCCUCAUUUCGGGAGCUGGUGGGGCCGGAGCUGCAGAAGGACGGUAACCUCCAGAGGGCGCUGGCGGUGGGCUGGUGCGUGGAGCUGCUUCAGGCUUUCUUCCUGGUCGCUGAUGACAUCAUGGAUAAUUCUGUCACCCGACGUGGGCAACCAUGCUGGUACAAGAAGGCGGGGAUCGGGCUGGACGCCAUCAAUGACUCCUUCCUGCUGGAAUCCUGCAUCUACCGCGUCCUGAGGAAGUAUUGCCGGCGGCAGCCAUAUUACCUCCACCUGCUGGAGCUCUUCUUAGAGACCUCAUACCAGACGGAGCUGGGGCAGGCGCUGGAUCUUAUCACGGCUCAGCCGGAGAAGGUGGAUCUGGAUCGGUACACGGAGGGCAGGUAUAAAUCCAUAGUGAAAUACAAGACGGCCUUCUACUCCUUCUACCUGCCGGUGGCUGCCGCCAUGUUUAUGGCUGGAAUAGACGGAGAAGAUGAGCACCGGAGCGCCAAGACCAUCCUGCUGGAGAUGGGGGAGUUCUUCCAGAUCCAGGAUGAUUACCUGGACUGUUAUGGGGACCCUAGUGUGACCGGCAAGAUCGGGACCGACAUCCAGGACAACAAGUGCGGCUGGCUGGUGGUGGAGGCGCUGAAGAGGGUGACCCCCGAACAGAGGCAGAUCCUGCAGGAGAACUACGGGCAGGACGAGGCUGAGAAGGUGCAGCAUGUGAAGCAGCUCUAUGAGGAUCUGGGUCUUCCCGCCGUCUACGCUCAGUAUGAGGAGGAGAGUUUCCAGCGGCUGCAGAACCUCAUCUCCCAGCAUGCCCAGGGCCUUUCCACAGAGAUCUUCCUGGGUCUGGCGCAUAAGAUCUACAAGAGACAGAAGUGAGGCCAUGGACUGCGUACAGACUCCCUGUCCAGAAGGCCCCCUGCUGCCCGCUCAGAACUAUUACUGAUGGGUGGGGCUAUGUUCUCGCCAUAGGUUUCCUGCAGCGGCUCAGGGUGUGGAACCUUCUCAUUGUUCCCUAUGUUCUGGGUCAUCUGUAUAUGGUGGGGGCAGGGGGAGGGAGGGACAGACGGAGCAUUGCCUCACCUGGAAUGGUUAUUUAUCCUGAGGGGCCCCGGCCUGGAGUGGCUGCUGCCCUUGGGGUUCUCGUGUCUGUAGAUGACACAUCCUGAUUUCAUACUGGAUUAUUCUCCAAUAGAAAGGUUAAAUAAAGAAUCUGUGAAUGGUGAAAUAAAUGGUAGUGGGUGUAAAUCUAC